AUGAGAGAUUGGAAUAACGUGGCUGUUCUUGAUCCAUUAGAGUUCAACAUGAUAACCAACAUCAUCCUUUGCUGCACCUUAAUAUUGAUCUUCAUUGCAACCACCUUAUACUUCACGACUCGACCCAGAAAGAUCUAUUUAGUGGAUUUCUCAUGUUACAAACCCGGACCAGACAGAAUAGUGACCCGAGAGCUUUUCAUGGAACGGUCUGCACAGACCGGUUUGUUCACAGAAGAGAACUUGGUGUUUCUAAAGAAGAUUCUUGAAAUAUCCGGCUUAGGUCAAAAGACCUAUUUCCCUCCUGCGGUUCUCCAGGUUCCACCGAACCCGUGCAUGGCGGAGGCUCGGAAGGAGGCGGAGGAGGUCAUGUUUGGUGCGAUCAACGAGCUCUUGGAGAAGACGAAGGUGAAGGCUAAAGAUAUUGGAAUUGUGAUAGUUAACUGCAGCUUGUUUAAUCCUACGCCGUCUUUGUCGGCCAUGGUGGUGAACCAUUACAAGAUGAGAGAAAACAUUUUGAGCUAUAACCUUGGUGGAAUGGGAUGCAGCGCUAGCCUUAUUUCCAUAGACCUCGCUAACCAACUUUUACAGGUGAAUCCAAAUUCUUAUGCCCUAGUGGUUAGCAUGGAGAACAUUACCCUUAAUGGGUACUUUGGCAACGACAAGUCUAUGCUCGUCUCAAAUUGCCUCUUUCGCAUGGGCGGAGCUGCCAUUCUACUAUCGAACAAGUCUUCCGAUCGUCGUCGAUCCAAGUAUCAGCUCAUCCACACCGUCCGCACCCACAUGGGGGCGGAUGACAAGUGUUACGGCUGCAUAUCCCAUAAAGAGGACGAAAACAAGAGAGUGGGAGUUGCCCUAUCAAAAGACCUAAUAAUUGUUGCCGGAGAGGCCUUGAAGACUAAUAUCACCACUCUAGGUCCUUUGGUCUUUUCGAUGUCCGAGCAGCUCUUGUUCUUCCUCAAGCUGGUGGCUAAGAAAGUCUUCAAGGUGAAGAUUAGGCCUUACGUUCCCGACUUUAAGUUGGCUUUCGAGCAUUUCUGCAUUCACACUGGUGGAAGGGCUGUGCUGGACGAGCUAGAGAAGAACCUGAAGCUAUCGGAAUGGCACAUGGAGCCUUCGAGGAUGACCCUAUAUAGGUUUGGAAACACGUCUAGCAGUUCGUUGUGGUACGAGUUGGCGUACUUGGAGGCUAAGGGGAGGAUGAAUAGAGGCGAUCGCACUUGGCAAAUGGCAUUUGGUUCGGGAUUCAAGUUCAAUAGUGCUGUCUGGUUUGCUUUGAGGACAAUCCAUCCGGUCAAGGAGAAGAACCCUUGGAUAGAUGAGAUCCACGACUUUCCAGUUCAAGUGUCUAGAGUUGCUUCCAUAAUUUCUUCUUGA